UAAAAGUGAAGGGGGUGGCGCUUUGGGAGCUAAGGAAAGCCGCCAUUAAGUCCGCUGACUGCAACCUGAAAUUAUCUUUAUUAUUUUUAUUCCAUUUUAUUAUUAUUUUUUACUCUGCAUUUUGAAAUAAAGUAGAAUGUCCGACGAAGAGGUGCAGGACGAAAGCACGAUGGAAGCUAUGGCGGCGGACGCUGGUGAAGGUGGCCAAGGCGAAGGAGGAAAGAUAGAUGCCAGCAAGACCGAGGAGGACGAGGGCAGGAAAAUGUUUAUUGGAGGCCUAAGCUGGGACACAACAAAGAAGGAUCUGAAGGAUUACUUUUCAAAAUUUGGAGAGGUGGUAGACUGCACCCUGAAGUUGGAUCCUCUCACCGGUCGUUCACGUGGUUUUGGUUUUGUGCUAUUCAAAGAAGUUGCAGGUGUUGAUAAGGUGAUGGAGCAGAAAGAUCACAAACUGAAUGGCAAAGUUAUCGAUCCAAAAAGAGCAAAAGCAAUGAAGACAAAAGAGCCAGUCAAGAAGAUAUUUGUAGGUGGCUUGUCUCCAGACACCCCUGAAGAUAAGAUAAGGGAAUACUUUGCAACUUUUGGGGAGGUUGAAGCAAUUGAACUUCCCAUGGAUACAAAGACCAAUAAAAGACGUGGAUUUUGCUUCAUCACAUUUAAGGAAGAGGAACCUGUAAAGAAAAUAAUGGAAAAGAAGUACCAUAAUGUUGGCCUCAGUAAAUGUGAAAUUAAAGUUGCACUAUCAAAGGAACAGUACCAGCAGCAACAACAGUGGAGUUCACGAGGAGGAGGAACCGUUUCUAGAUCUCGAGGAAGAGGAGGCUCAAAUCCAAGCUGGAGUCAAGGAUAUAGUAGCUACUGGGGUCCAAACUACAGCAGUUAUGGAUACAAUAAUCAGGGUUAUGGAGGUUAUGGCAACUAUGAUUACACUGGUUAUAACUACUAUGGAUAUGGAGACUACAGUAAUCAGCAGAGUGGUUAUGGGAAAACAGCCAGACGAGGUGGUCAUCAAAAUAGUUACAAACCAUACUAAAUUAUUUUACAUCGUGUCAUAAAAAGCGGGGAAUUCAUUGCAGGCCCUGUGUCGCGCUGACUUCACGAUUCUCACAGGCCCGCUCAAUGCGGACAGGGUACGAGAUGCUCACGCUCUCGAAUGCUGCCGUUUGGUAUGGUCUUUUCCAACAUCCUGUAUCAGCAUUAUAAAAUGGAUACUCCCAAGAUAUGCUUUCACUUAUCCCUUACUUUUAAAAGAAACAGAGAAAGUACUUGUAAUUUUAAUAAUUUUUUACAGGCCCCGUAAUCAGUAGAUACGUGAUCUUUACUGGAUAAUUUUUAACUAUGUGUUCUUCUAAGGAUACAGCUUGUCUCUGGAUUUACAUAUUAUUUUUCAUUUUUCUCCAUAUUUUAUUCUAAUUUUAAUUCUUGCUUUUCCCAUUUAUAAAUUAUUAUAUUAUAGCUAUAUUUCCUAUUCAUUCUUGGGCUGAAUUUACUGCUGUGUUUGAAAUACAGGUUGAUAUAUGGGUGAAUUUUAACUGUUUAUGACUGGCACGUGAAAUUUUAUAACUUAGGGUUAGACUUUUAUUUUAUACAAAUAUAUUUAUAAUAAUUUUAUAUAAAUACAAAAUAUUAUAAAUACUUUAUAGUGCAUAACACCUCCUGAGCUGUGAAGAAAUAUAUUCAUUUCCUCUAAUAAAAAAAAAUACAA